AUGUCUGCUUUAUUUACAGUUUCUAGAUCAGUAAUGGCAACCCGUGCCAUUGCUCCAAAAGUUAACACUUCUUCAUUUUUGAACUUAGCUAGAUUGUAUUCUUCUGGUAAGUUUCCACCACACACUGUCAUCCACAUGCCAGCCUUGUCCCCAACCAUGACACAAGGUAAUAUUCAAUCUUGGGCUAAAAAGGUUGGUGAUGAAUUAGCCCCAGGUGAACCAAUUGCCGAAAUCGAAACCGAUAAAGCCUCUAUGGAUUUUGAAUUCCAAGAAGAAGGUUAUUUGGCUAAAAUCUUGAUGGAUGCUGGUUCUAAAGAAGUUCCAGUUGGUCAACCAAUUGCUGUCUAUGUUGAAGAUGCCAGCGAAGUUUCUGCAUUUGAAAACUUUACUGCUGCUGAUGCCGGUGAAGCUCCACAAGGUGCUGCUCCAGCUGAAAGCGAAGCUCCAAAAAAAGAAGAAGAAUCUAAAUCAGCCAAAGAAUCACCAGCUGCUGCUUCCACAUCAAGCUCAGCUGCCUCAAAACAAGCCCCAACUGAUAGAAUUUUUGCCUCUCCAUUGGCUAAGACCAUUGCUUUGGAAAAGGGUAUUUCUUUGAAGGGUGUUAAAGGUUCAGGUCCACACGGAAGAAUUACUGCUAAGGACAUUGAAGGUCUCGAAUCUAAGCCUGCUGCUGCUGCUACCACCCCAGCUGCUGCUCCAGCUCCAGGUGCUACAUACGAAGACAUUCCAAUCACCUCUAUGAGAAAGACCAUUGCCAGCAGAUUGUUGCAAUCCACUCAACAAUCUCCAUCUUACAUCAUCCAAUCCCAAAUUUCUGUUUCUAAAUUAUUGAAAUUGCGUGCUUCCUUAAACUCCACUGCUGAAGAUAGAUACAAAUUGUCCAUCAACGAUUUGUUGAUCAAGGCUAUUGCCAGAACCUGUGUUAGAGUUCCAGAAGUUAACUCUGCUUGGUUGGGCGAACAAGGUGUUAUCAGACAAUAUAAGAAUGUUGAUGUUUCUGUAGCUGUUGCCACACCAACUGGUUUAAUUACACCAAUUGUUUUCAAUGCUGAAUCUAAAGGUUUGGCUGAUAUUUCAAACCAAGUUAAGGACUUGGGUAAGAGAGCCAAGAUCGGAAAAUUGGCUCCAGAAGAAUUCCAAGGUGGUACCAUUUGUAUUUCCAACUUGGGUAUGAACAAUGCUGUUACAGCCUUCACUUCAAUUAUUAACCCACCACAAUCUGCCAUUCUUGCUAUUGGUACUACUGAAAAGAAAGCUGUUCCAAGUGAAGUCAAUGAACAAGGAUUCGUUUUCGACGAUGUCAUUACUAUUACUGGUACCUUUGAUCACAGAGUUAUCGAUGGUGCUUUGGGUGGUGAAUGGAUGAAGGAAUUGAAGAGAAUUGUUGAAAACCCAUUGGAAUUGUUGAUCUAA